CCACUCCGUCGGACUGUGUCGUCCGGAAAGAACUUGCCUGGUCCCAUCACCAAAUUGACUGCAAGUAACAUCACCACAAGUUCCCUGCUUCUGAGCUGGACAGCUCCAUCUGGAAAUGCAGGGAGCUACUAUAGAGUUGAAGUCAGUGGACCAACUGCUCAGUCUCUGACUGUGAGCACAUCAUCAGUUCAGAUCACUGGGCUGACCCCUGGAAGCAAUUACUCCCUGCAAGUUAUUGUUGUAGCUGCAAACAAUGUUAAUGUUGGGGCUCCAGUGUCCAUCACAAUAUUUACAGUGCCUGGUUCCAUCACCAAUUUGACUGCAAGUAACAUCACCACAAGUUCCCUGCUUCUGAGCUGGACAGCUCCAUCUGGAAAUGUAGGGAGCUACAGAGUUGAAGUCAGUGGACCGACUGCUCAGACUCUUACAGUGAGCACUUCAUCAGUUGAGAUCACUGGGCUGAGCCCUGGAAGCAAUUACUCCCUGCAAGUUGUUGCUGUAGCUGCAGACAGUGUUACUGUUGGGGCUCCUGUUUCAGUCACAGUAUUAACAAGAUUUCCAGUUACAGCAAGACUACAGCUGUUAGUCCAGAGUUCCACCCAAAUUAAUUAUAGUGAACAAAACAUCUUCCUACAGGAGCUUAACACAAUCAUUCAGAAAUAUGUGGACGCCCUGAAGUUUAACAUAACUGUCAAAGGAAUUAGAAGAAAGAAUUAAGAUCACAACUUAAAAUAUUCUAAAGGAGGAAAUGCAAGGUAUUUCAGACUAUUAUAAGAUAGUAAGCUUAAACAUAUAAUAUUGAACUCUUAUCUCAUAAAAUUCUGGUUUCAGAAUUUUUAUGUUGCUGCUGUUGGACAGAAUAAUUAAAUGUGACAGAUUGUUUUGAAUUGCUGUGUCACAAUAAAAGCAUUGCAAAACAGUGUAAGUGAUAGACUUAAGUGUUUAAUGUUUAAGUGUUUAGUUGGUGUCAGGAUUGAAUUCAUCAUAGAAAGAUUUUUUAAUAAUGGAAAAAAGCUUAAAAACGUUUAUACUGUACCAUUUUUGAAAAUAGUUUUGUAUGGUUUAAUAUAAUCUGUUUGCCUGGUUCUUUUGUUCGUUUCCUGUAUACUCGAGUAUAGUAUCUCGAGUUGCUGCAGAAACGCUGGACUCUGUAAACUAUUGGUAAUGCACACCUCACCCAUACAGUAUAUGUCAUAUGUUGUGCUUGUUUAAAACAAUGUUUAUCUCAAAUUUUUAUAAUACAACAUUACCAUUCCAGUUUAAAGAAGCUAUUUAGAGACAACAGGUUGGCUACCUACUGUAGAUCAGUAUUGUUUUCUCAUUUUCACAGUCGUCCUCCAAACCAUCCUGUAAUUCUGCUUUUUGUUUUGUCCCAUCUUCACAGACAUGGUUUAGUCAGAAUCAGCUUGCAAACCACAUUUGAAUAACAAAAGGGACACAUUUUUUCUCUCUAAAUUUAAAUAUAUAUUUAAGUUGUGAAUCAAAAAUGUAAAAAUAAAA